AUGGGUUUUCUACGGUUCAACAUUAUACUCACCAAGUUUCUGGUCAAGUCUAAUCAAAGACAAAGACCUGUUCAUGACGGAGGUGUCCAACAAGAGCUCGGUUUCACAGCUCCUCAAAGCGAGGUCACUCCGAAUUCCGAAACGAAUAUGGCUGCUCUGUCACACGUUGCCAUAUCGGCCUCGCAGUCCGAGGUCCACUCCAUCAGUUAUCUUCUCGUUGGGGUCCCCUACACUCAGCCUGCGGCUGCCCCCAUAAUUUCCAUCAAAAAGAGCCCGACGGCGAGCAUCCCGGCCGCCACCCCCAGUGCUCAUGUGCCAACAACAGCGAUAGCAGCCACCGCCAGAACCUGUCCUCUGUCCUCUGAGCAGCCGAACCUCCGGCACCACUUCGCCGCUCCACUUUACUUUUAUUGCUCGAAUAAUGUUAAUGACUUCGUUGCUGCAAUAGUAGAUGUUGUGAAGAAAGAAGGCCACCAAGCUGACAGCGUUUCUCUCGAGGUCUCGGUGCUGUCAGCUGAUGUGAAGUCUAAUGAAAGUUCUUUUAGAAUUCGUUUGAUACACACACUUUAUAAUGCAUCAGCAGAAGGACAGAGGUCUCAUGAGACCAAUGGAUGCUAUAAGAAGAUAAAAAUUCCAUCUAACCUCUUCAUGUUUAUGUACUGUAGUCAAGCUGCGGAAGUAGAAGCUUUAACCUAA